CCUCACGCACGCACGCACGCACGCACGCACACACACAUACAAACCCACCCACCACUCUCUACAAUAGGAGAUCCACGCAACACAGGAGAGCCUGGGGGACUGAGCCAGUCAUGGUGACCCCGUUCCUGGGUGCUUCCUGAUUUGGGCAAGGUCUGAGAAGGACUGGCGGAGCUGGCUACCUACUCAGGAGGGGCCUUUGUUCCCCUGGAAGGUCUCUCUCAUGGGUGGUGUGGCAAGUUUGCUCUCCAUUUUCUCUGGGUCCCUUUCCUUCGUCUGCACGGUUAGCUCGCUCUGCACAGACUGCUGGCAGAUCAACAGCAAAGGCUCAGUGGUGCUCAGCAUGCGUUGCCGAGGCCUUUGGGGAGAAUGCGUUUGGGACAAAUUUGUCAAGAUCUGGACCUGUGAUGUCUUCAGUUCUUACCUGAAUCCACACCCUGCUGCCAUUAUCCUCACGAGAGCCUCCCUCAUCACGUCGGCAGUAGCCGGAAUCGGGGCCUUUCUCUGCCUCCUCUUGGGAUGCCGGUACUUCAGCUGCUGCUGGGAUCUGACAGCCAAAUACCGCUGCCUCUGUUUAUCUGUGGGGUUCUACUUUUUUGCAGGCUUUAUGUCAAGCAUUGGAGUCAUCCGAUACUGUGUAUACGUGUUCUUCCAGCACCAGUAUGAGGUGUCUCUGCGCAUCCCUGGAUUUCCGAGCUUUGAAUAUGGCUACUCCUUGUGGAUGGCUGUAGCAGGCAACCUUGCAGCCCUGGCUGCCGCUUUCACGGUGUGCUAUGAAGUCCGGCGCAUGAAGACCCCCAGCACCAACCCAGCCAAUGAGCAUGCUGGGAAUGGCCUCGGAAUGAUGCGCACCUAUGUUUAAGCUUAGCCACCUUCUUGAAGCAUCAGGACGAAGGCAGGGUGAUCACAGAGAACAGUUUAGAAGUUUCACAUGACAAAUCCCACAGGCUAAUUUUUUUCAGAGUCUGUGGUAAAACGAGACAGAUACUUUUAGGAUCACCAGCUGGCCUGGUGGAAAGUGUACUGUCCUUUUAAGAGGGGCUUACUGCGUGUAAAUGCACAGUGGAAACUUUUUGGGCCUGGAGAUGAAUAGCAUCACCUGGUAAAUAGCACGCCAAUCCAGUGCAGAGUUACCCCAGUCCAAGCCCACUGAAAUAAAUAGGCUUAGAGUGGAGCAACUCUCCUUAG